ACAACCACGGGUCAUUUAAGAGAUAAUCGCCAUUCAGACUUCAGACUGAGUAAUCUUAGUGCAUUGCGUGCAGCUCUAUCGAGAUAUAUAGUGAGAUUUAGAGGAUAACAAACCUAUGGGACAGUUGUAGCACGGCUGUUUUGUGGCGCUCGUGAUCUGCAUGAUGGGAACCUACCCACGUGUAAUCAAGUUGGAGGGUGUGGACGUCUUCCCAGCCAGGACGGAAGGGCUCCUUGAUGUGUCCAAUUCGCCAAAUUUUAUCCUUGUCAAGCCCAGUUGGGUAGCGGACGAUGCAGUUUCAUUUUGCGUCCUUUGUAACAAUAAGUUUAACCAGCUUCGACGUAAACAUCAUUGUCGUCAAUGCGGACGAGUUCUGUGUGGAAAGUGCUGCAACGAAAAGGUCCUCUUGCCACAGCUGGGUAUUUGUCAGCCAGAAAGAGUUUGUGAUUCAUGUCUACCUGUCGCCCACCUGGUCACAAAGUCUCGGUCAUCAACACAGCAACAUCAGAUUGAAGGUGCCCAAGGAUUAGUUAAACAGUUGAUAGAACCACAUGGUUUAUGCAGAGUUGUGGAGCUUGGAGGUCUGCAGACUUUGGUGGCUCUGGGCAGGAUCAAUAAUGAAGUACUUGCAAAGUAUGUCAUGAGCGGUCUUCACCAGUUGUCCAUGCAUCACCCUCUACACAGAAUCCUGGUGGAAAUCGGUGUCGUCUGCUCAAUCAGCAGUAUAAUGAUGCGUCCGAGCUGUAUGGAUGAACAGGUUAAACUAGACGGUAUCGGUGCUCUUAUGAUUUUCUGCAAAUCAUCAGAAUUGAGGGCCAAAGUUGUAAAAGAUGGUGUGCUGGACCCAGUUUUAAAGUUGUGUGCCCCUGGCAACAGUUACACGGUGGCCGUCCUGGCAGUAAGCACUCUGUCUCUGGUAGCAGAGAAUCAGGACACUAACGCAAGAAUCAUUGAAAGCGAACACAAGGUCCUGUUCAAUAUCCUCUGUCUCACGGCCUCCAGUGACGAACAGAUGCAGGAGGUUUCACUGAAAGUUCUCGUCUCAUUGUCCCUCGGGUCAACCUUUCACAUGCAUAGGAUAAUACAAGAGGAUUUCACCUGCGGACGGAGUUUAGUGAAGGUCAUGAAAAGCAAGCCCCAGAAUGACCAGGUGUUGGUUAAUUGUGCCUGUCUCGUUAGUAACCUAGCAACCAGCGCUGAAGACCAGGGAGGCUUACAAGAGCUUAUGGAAUGUUUGUGCGAGGUGUUGAGAUUGGACAUUAAGAGCAAGGAACUUGUCAUACAGUUGGCUAGAGGAAUCGCAAACUUCGCUAAAUUCGAACAAAACGCUGACAGACUGAUGAAAUACCUGCCUUUAAUUGUGUUUAAAUGUCUCAAAUCGGGUCAUCAUGCUUCAAAAACGCAUGGGAUUAGAGCUACUCUGCAUCUUUUAUCCCACCGGCCCAACACUGUCACAGAGGAACUUGCCAAGAAUGGAGCUGAGGAGCUAUUGGAUGGCAUUGCCAAACUGCCUGGUCUUACAAAGGCCAUAGAUGCUUCCCUUCUUGUCGACACUCCAGAAAAAUCUUCUUGUACCCUGACAUCCUCUAGUACUGGUGUUCGUUACUGACCUGUGUACCGGACAAGGCCAAACUUUGACCAUGACAAUACAACACUUGACUAGUAUGCUUUAUUGUCUUAGGUACAAUGUAGUAGCUCAUUGUCUAGAGACUUUCUCUAUUGACCAGUGUCCAGUGUAUCAGUCUUCUGUUUAGUCUGCUGACCAAUGUCCAGUGUAUCAAUCUGCUGACCAGUGUCCAGUGUAUCAGUCUAUUAAUCAGUGUUCGCUGUAUCGAUCUGCUGACCGAUACCCAGUGUAUCAAUCUGCUGACCGAUACCCAGUGUAUCAAUCUGCUGACUGAUGUCCAGUGUAUCAAUCUGCUGACCGAUGUCAAGUGUAUCAAUCUGCUGACCAGUGUAUCAGUAUUUAUCAGUGUCCAGUGUAUCAAUCUGCUGACCAAUGUCCAGUGUAUCAAUCUGCUGACCAGU